GCAGCCACGCCCCCUAGACCUCAGCUCCCCAAGAAUUGCCAACCAAGUCUCGCCCUUCCACCUGGUCCCACCGUAAACCGUGCCCUUCGGAAUAGUCAACUAAGCCACGCCCCUAGGCGUUGUCUCGACCCAGCUCCGCCCCACAGUCCUAGUCAACCAAACCCUGCCACGGACCUGAUGCCCCCCCAGUCCCGUCCAAUUCCAAAUCCUGCGCUGAUUCGCCCGCAGGGCCCAACCGCCUCUCUCCCCAGAAGAAAACUAGCAUUUCUCUUCCACUCGCGGCCAGAAAGAGACGCCUCCCGCCCGACCACCCCUCGUAAUCUUACGGCUCAGCUACCGAGGCUCCGCCCCUUACGCUGUGCGAGGCGCAGAAACCGGAAGCAGAAGUGGACUCAUGCGCCUGCGCGAGCCGGCGGCCAUAUCUCUUCGGUCCCCGUCUCGAGUCCGAGGUAGUUAAUUACCUCCGUUCGUGUCCUUCCCGGCUGCCUCUGGCCAGCGCCAGGUCCGACCCGCUGGAGGCGGAGAGGUCGGCAUUUACAGGACGGCCUCUCGGCCGUGCCUCCUAUCCCCGCUGGAACCCAGCGGCAGGCCGCCGUUCGUCCCGAACUCACUGAAUCCGGAGCUCUGGGCUGCGUGCAGCAGCCGGGGUGAGUCGGCUGUAGGUUAGAGUUAAGAGAACCACCUUCGUAUUUAAUCGGCCUUCCAAAGCAUCUUUUGGUGUCUUCGCAGAAAGUAAAAGCAUCCCUGCCAUUCGGGUUACGGGGACGAGCGCCUCCACCUCGUCUGUACGUUGGUCUGGAUUUCAGCGUGUUCGGUGAGCACGGGGUGGUGACAUUUGCUUCAACUCCGUUCCCAUCUCUCCCCUCCUGGGGCAGGAGAUAUUUGAUCGGUGAACUUUACCUUGCCUGUGGGCAUCAAUUUGAUACAUUAUAUCCAGCUCUAACUUCUCAGUACUCUGGCUUUCUUCAUGAAGGGAACAUGAAAGAAGAAAGAGCUGCUGAGUUGCAGGAAAAUAUGACACAGGACUCAGUGGUCUUUGAGGAUGUGGCUGUGGACUUUACCCAGGAGGAGUGGGCUUUGCUGGAUCUUGCUCAGAGGAACCUCUACAGAGAUGUGAUGCUGGAAAACUUCCAGAACCUGGCCUCAUUAGGGUAUCCACUCCACACACCGUAUCUGAUCUCCCAGUGGAAACAAGAGGAGGACCUGGAAACAGUGGAAAGAGGACCUAUCCAGGGGGAGCACCAGGAAGGUUUUGAGACUCAACUUAAAACUAGAGAAUCAGUUACUCCACAAGAUGCUUAUGGACAAAAAAUAUCCAAUGAACAGAAGAUAGUUAGAUUCAAAAGGAAUGAUUCUUCGUCAUCCAUUUUACACAAAAACGGGGAAUACCGGGGUAUUUAUUAUCAGAACAAAAACCGUGAGAGACAUUUGAGAAGCCCCGUGGUGGAGAACGUCAAUGAACAUAGUGAAGAAAAUCGGCGUGGACAAACCUUCGGCCAAAUCUCACAUCUGAAUAUACUGAAGAGAACUACUGAAGUAAAGUCCUAUGAAUGCCGCGAGUGUAAAACGGCCUUCACAGAUCAUUUAUCCCUUAAAAAUCACAUCAGGUCUCACGCCGGAAGCAAACCCUAUCAGUGUAAAGAAUGUGGGAAAGCUUUUCAUUUUCUUGCUUGUUUUAAGAAGCAUGUGAAAACUCCCACUGAAGGGAAACCCUAUGAAUGUAAGGAGUGUAUGAAAGCCUUCGCUUGUUCUUCAUUCUUUAGGGCACAUAUGAAGAUUCACACUGGAAAGACGAACUAUGAAUGUAAAGAAUGUGGAAAGACCUUUAGCUGUUCUUCAUCCCUCACAGAACACAAAAGGAUUCAUAGUGGAGAUAAGCCUUAUGAAUGUCGGGAAUGUGGGAAGGCCUUUAGUUGUUCCUCCUCACUCUCCAAACACAAGAGGAUUCAUAGUGGAGAUAAGCCAUAUGAAUGUAAGGAAUGUGGGAAGGCCUUUAGUUCUUCCUCUCACCUUAUAAUACACAUAAGAAUUCAUACUGGAGAGAAGCCUUACGAAUGUAAAGAGUGUGGGAAGGCCUUCAGUGAGUCCUCAAAACUCACUGUCCACGUCAGAACACACACAGGAGACAAACCAUAUAAAUGUAAGGAAUGUGGGAAAGCCUACAAUUGUCCCUCCUCCUUAAGUAUCCACAUGAGAAAACACACUGGAGAGAAACCCUAUGAAUGUCUGGAAUGUGGAAAAGCCUUCUAUCUUCCCACUUCCCUGAAUACACACGUGAAAAAUCAAAGUAGAGAGAAACCCUAUGAAUGUAAGGAAUGUGGAAAAGCCUUCAGUUGUCCCUCAUCCUUCAGAGCACACGUGAGAGAUCACACCGGAAAGAUACAAUAUGAAUGUAAGGAAUGUGGGAAGGCCUUUAGCCGUUCUUCAUCCCUCACGGAACAUUUAAGAACUCACAGUGGAGAGAAGCCUUAUGAAUGUAAGGAAUGUGGGAAAGCCUUUAUUAGUUCCUCCCACCUUACAGUACAUAUAAGAACUCACACUGGAGAGAAACCUUAUGAAUGUAAGAAAUGUGGAAAAGCCUUCAUUUAUCCCUCAGCCCUUAGGAUCCACAUGAGAACACACACUGGGGAGAAACCCUAUGAAUGUAAGGAAUGUGGGAAAGCCUUUCGCCAUUCUUCAUACCUUACUGUCCAUGCAAGAAUGCACACUGGAGAGAAGCCCUUUGAAUGUCUGGAGUGUGGGAAAGCCUUCAGUUGUCCCUCAUCCUUUCGAAGACAUGUAAGAAGCCACACUGGAGAGAAACCCUAUGAAUGUAAGGAGUGUGGGAAAGCCUUUGUGUGCCCUGCCUACUUUCGAAGACAUGUGAAAACUCACAGCAGAGAAAAUACAUAAAUGUCAGAAAUAUGGGAGUGAUUCCAAGGCAUUUUCACAUCCUCCAUCUAACAUUGCGGAGAUACCCUAUGAAUGUAAGAAAGCAGGAAGUUGUUGCUUAUCUGUUUGAAGACUCGAGAACUCACAGCUGAGAGAAACCUGUGUGUGUAAACCUUGUGGUAAUACCUUCAAUGAACAUCACUUAACUGUGGAUAAGGAAGCUUAACCAGAAGCGCAGAUCAGUGACUCACCUUGAAAGUGGACUGCUGGCUCAUUGAUUUUCACUUUCUGUUUUCUGGUGUGAAUAUUUAAAGUGAUAAGUUGAUAAGUUUUCCUCUAAUACUUUUUCAGCUCUAACCAUGCUUAAAUUGUGAGGUACUUUUAUUUGGGCUGAGACGUAAAUGUUCUUCAUAACAAAAUCUUUUGGACCCGUAAGGGGAUUUGAGGUGUUUUUCAUAGGCAGGCAGGAGUGUUUUUUUUUUUUUUUUUUUAAUUAGUUUCUAAUUAAUGCUCAUUGUUCUCCAAGUAUACGAUCAUUAUGGUAUCAACACUUUGGUAUUUGUGAUUUCUUUUGUAAUUUUUUUCUUGUAAUUGGUAGUUUCAUUUUGAUCCAGCAGGGUAGAUACUGGAAAUUGCCUACUCGGUAUUUUUUUCUUUUUUCUUUUUUCAUACUUAUUUAUUUUGGGGAGAGCGCAAGUGGGGGAGGGGCACAGGGAAGGAGGAUAGAGUAUCUGAAGCGGGCUUUGUGCUGAUGGGCUGACAGCAGUGAGCCCGAUGUGGGGCUUGAACCCACAACCCUUGAGAUCAUGAUCUGAGCUGAAGUCAGAUGUUUAACGGACUGAGCCACUCAGGUGCUCCUUUUCUUUUUCUUUCUUUCUUUUUUUUUUUAACUAAGAACUUCUAGUUUUUGAUGUUAUCAGUUUUUACUAUUAAAAGCUUUUCCUGUCUAAUAAGCAAUUUCAGCAGAAAUUAAUAAGUGCGAAGUUCUCGAAAGAAGAGUCGCCUCUGAUACCUUGUUUUUGUAUGUUGUUCUUUGUCCUUACUCAAGGCUGGGAGUUGGACCCAGUGUUUUGAGUUUAAAAAGAGACCUUGUGAGAAGAAAGCUAGAAGUAAAGUUGGUUGAGCUGGCUUGUAUGUGUUGGACAUGGUUGGGACUUCAUUUCUCAAAAUCAUUUCCUUCAUCCAGUUCCAGGUUAGAGUUGUUGGAAGUAGUUUGCAUGAAAUGGGAAGGCAGAAGAAGCCAUUAUUCUUCAUUUAGUGGAGCCAUCCAAUGAAGACAGAUGCAUAGGGGCUAGGUGGGCUUCAGUUUCCGGCUCAUUUUCCUGAUUACUGGACCCACCAAUCAAUUCUAGCUUGAAACAGAACAUUAUAUGUUUUCACUUCAGUAACCUCAGAGACAGCAGCUCUGUAGACCUCUCCAUAAGUUCCUCCAUCAUGGUCAUACACAGCUUCUUAGAUUUUCUGGCAAGUUCCAGCACUGUCAUUUUGCUGAUAUUAUAGUCCCUCCGGCACAUCAACUGAAUAUGUAGAAUUGGCGCCAUUUUGGAGCAGGAUUGUUAUCUGUGGCCCAAUCCAUCACGUCACUUUGCUCAAGGGGAAAGACAGCUAUGUAAAUCCCCUGGGACCUCAAGUGAGAAGAGCCGUGGACAGCAGGGAAGAUUAGUUAUAAUUGUAGGCAUCAGACAGGGUGUCAUCCUAUUUUACUGGAGGAAGAUGUAUAUUUGACACCUUCAAACAUUUUUCUGCUUUUUUGAGAAAGAGGAGUUGUUUAUGCUUCUUCAGGUACAUUUAGCUAUACUUUUCCCUUCCGUUACAUUUCCACUUUAUUUCUGAAAGUAUACCUAUGGCACUUUCCCUUUAUCAUUUUCUGCUCUUUUAGUAAAGCAUAUAUAUACCAAUAUGCAUGAAGUGUGCUACUCCUAAGUGUAUAACUUGAUGAAAUUUUACUUAUGUACACACCCUGAUAAUCAGAACAUUCCCAGGAUUCCAGAAAGUUUAUCUGCCUUGUCAAUAAUUGUUCCACAAAGGAAACCACAAUUUUGACUUUUCAUUCAAUUUAUUAGGUUUGCUUAUUCUUGAUUUUCUUGAUCUUUAUCUAAGUGCUUAAAUACAAUAUGUACAAUUACGUGUUUGGUUUCUUAGUGUGGUGUCUGGUUUACGUUUUAAUUGCUCCUUUCACAGACUUAACACUUAUUUCUCUUGAUAUAUGUUUUGUAUGUAGGAAUGAGAUCACUGGGUAGACUUUAUCUUUAGUUUUGGUGGUUACUGCAGUUUUUCAAAAAGGUAGAUUACACCUAUCAUCCUAAAAGCAAUGUGUGGAAAUUGCGAUGAUUCCAUUUUGCUGGCCAAACUUUCUAAUUUCAGCCAUCCAGCAGAGGAUAUGGUAACAUCCUGCUUUGGUUUUAGUUUGCAGUUACCUGAUAUGUAAGGAUGAGAAGUACGUUUUACGUGCUGGUUGGAUAUCUUUUAUGAGGGCAUCCUGUUAAAGCAUUUCACCCAUGCUUAGUUCCUUUUUUAUUUGAAGGGUUUCUAGGUAUUUAUCCUUUAUUGUAUGUAUGUGUAUCUCUAUAUCUAAGUACAUAUACAUACAUAUAUAAAACCUUUAUAUAUGUGUGUGUAUAUAUGUUACGUAUAUUAUAUAUACAUAUAUUACAAAUAACAUUUCCCAGUCUCUGGCUUCUCUUCACUCUUCUCAUUUUUGUAAGCUAUAAAGAGUUUAUUAUCUUGAUGAAUUCUGUCUGUGUGUCUUGGCUGUGCAUUUUUGGGUUAGCUAUUCUUCCUGGCAGGCUGUUUCUCUCUGCUGUAGGUCCCAGAAGAUCCAGGCUCUUUCUUUCCAUGUUGAAGUCUCAGGGAGAAAAGAAUCGGUGGCCUUUUUGAAUAACUCCAAUAUGUUGAUUAUAAUAGAAUCUGACUGGCUCACUUGCUAAUUGUUAUCGAGUCACAGUGCAGUGCCCCGAUUUGUUUAAGGCAGGCUCCCAUGCUCAUCCAGAAACCAGAGUAGAGUCUGCACUGAGUCAGAGUCCUGACAAUUGUCAUGUAUACAGAGAGGGGAGGAGGCAGCAGUGGGCAAGUGCGGAUAUGGGAAUAGAGGUAAUCUUGUCUGCUAGCAUGUUGUGCUUACUGUGGUCUUAGCAGUAGUGGGGAACUGAAGUCUGGUAACUCAGCAAGGGCUAAGUAAUUGUAGAAAUCCUUUCAUAAAGGUUAGAUGCCAUCUGUUAACAUACCUUUAGAUUGCUAAAGAUGGCUUCUCAAUCUCUAUGUUGCUUUGUAGUAUGUAGGGAAAUCUGGGAGUGAGACAAUUUUUUUAUUCUUCAUUUGUUUCUAUAUUUUUAGAAUUUCCUUACCAAUUUUCACAAAUACACUGAGAGUAUGCUUGGAAUUGGCAUUGACUUGAUGCAAUAACCUGAAUGAAAUUGACACCUUUAUGAUACUGAGUCUUCCAAUUGAACAUCAUAUAAUCAUCCAUUUACCAAGGUUGUGUGUAAUUUCUCUUAACAGUAUUUCAUGGUUUAAUUGUAGAGGUCUUGAAUAUUUUUAAUUUAUUUCUAGGUAUGUGGUAUGUUUUACUUUGUAAAUAUUUUUAUUUAUUUCCUUUUUGAUUUUUCAGCUAGCGCGAAUUGCAAUUUCUUUUUGUACUUUGAUCUUUUUAUCCAAUGACAUUCAUAAAUUAAAUUAUUAUUUGAAAUAUUA